AUGGGGAUGAAGAAUCUCUCGUUGUUCAUGGGGUUGCUCAUGCGUGCGUUGUUUCCAGUGCUGUCACGACAAGAUGGUUUUGAUCAAUGGGUGACAUUGCAAGAGAUGUUCCGUGAGAAGGUGUUCAUUGGGAAAGGUAAGCCUUUCAUCACGCUAAAGUCCGAUCCCUCCAACCCUGCUAUUAUCGUCUGGAAUGAUACUGCCAUGACCAAGGGCAAGGAUGGCAAGGUCCUCACCUCCCGUGGUAGUAGCACUGUCACCAUAGAGUCUGACUAUUUCAUUGCCUAUGGUAUUAUCAUCAAGAAUGAUGCACUUCCUGCCAAGGCGGGCGAGAAACAAGUGCAAGCCACUGCAUUGCAUGUGACGGGCACAAAGGCAAUUUUCUAUAACUGCACGAUCGAGGGCGGCCAGGGAGCCUUGUAUGACCAUCAGGGGCUUCACUACUUCAAGGCCUCUACAAUCAAGGGAAGUGUCGACUUCAUCUUUGGGUCCACACGAUCUUUGUAUGAGGACUGUAGUAUCAUCUCUACUAACAAGGAUAUCACCAACAUGAAAGUGGCACAAGAGGGGUGGGCUAGCGAGAGCCGUAUCAACAGUGAGAGUGGUUUCUCCUUCAAGAAUUGUACCAUUAAGGGUGAGGGGAAACCAUUAUUCUUAGGAAGGGCAUCAGGGAACUUCUCGCAGGUUGUGUACUCCACCGAGAUGGACAGCGAAAUUGUUCCCAUCAUAUGGGAAAAGGGGAAUAUGACAAUUCCUAAGAGUGGGAUCUACUAUGGUGAGUUCAAAUGCUAUGGGCCUGGGUUAGAUGCAUCGAAGAAGGCUGGAUGGGCCCUAUCCCUAACUGAGGCUCAGGCCAAGCCCUUUACCUGCAAAAGCUUCAUCUCAGGUGGCUCAUGGAUUACUCCCCUUCCCCCGGCUGAUCCAUAG